CAGCCUCCUCGGGGCCGGCCCUGCUCCGGGUGGGCCCGGGCUUCGACGCGGCGCUGCAGGUCUCGGCCGCCAUCGGCACCAACCUGCGCCGGUUCCGGGCCGUGUUUGGGGAGAGCGGCGGGGGAGGCGGCAGCGGAGAGCUAACAACACAGAUCCCAUGUAGUUGGAGAACCAAAGGCCUCAUACAUGACAAAAAGACUGAACCGUUCAGGUUACUUGCAUGGAGUUGGUGCUUAAAUGAUGAGCAGUUCUUAGGUUUUGGCUCAGAUGAAGAAGUCAGAGUGCGAAGUCCCACACGGUCUCCUUCAGUUAAAACUAGUCCUCGAAAACCUCGUGGGAGACCUAGAAGUGGCUCUGACCGAAAUUCAGCUAUCCUCUCAGAUCCAUCUGUGUUUUCCCCUCUAAAUAAAUCAGAGACCAAAUCUGGAGAUAAGAUCAAGAAGAAAGAUUCUAAAAGUAUAGAAAAGAAGAGAGGAAGACCUCCCACCUUCCCUGGAGUAAAAAUCAAAAUAACACAUGGAAAGGACAUUUCAGAGUUACCAAAGGGAAAUAAAGAAGAUAGCCUGAAAAAAAUUAAACGGACACCUUCUGCUACCUUUCAGCAGGCUACAAAGAUUAAAAAAUUAAGAGCAGGUAAACUCUCUCCUCUCAAGUCUAAGUUUAAGACAGGGAAACUUCAAAUAGGAAGAAAAGGGGUACAGAUUGUGCGACGGCGAGGAAGGCCCCCAUCAACAGAACGAAUUAAGACCCCUUCUGGUCUCCUCAUUAAUUCCGAACUGGAAAAGCCCCAGAAGGUCCGGAAAGACAAGGAAGGAACACCUCCACUCACAAAAGAAGAUAAGACAGUUGUCAGACAAAGCCCUCGAAGGAUUAAGCCCGUCAGGAUUAUUCCUUCUUCGAAAAGGACAGAUGCAACAAUUGCUAAGCAACUCUUGCAGAGGGCAAAAAAGGGGGCUCAAAAGAAAAUGGAAAAAGAAGCAGCUCAGCUGCAGGGAAGAAAGGUGAAGACACAGGUCAAAAAUAUCCGACAGUUCAUCAUGCCUGUCGUCAGUGCUAUCUCCUCGCGGAUCAUUAAAACCCCUCGGCGGUUUAUAGAAGAUGAGGAUUAUGACCCUCCAAUUAAAAUUGCCCGACUCGAGUCUACCCCCAACAGUAGAUUCAGUGCCACAUCCUGUGGAUCUUCCGAAAAAUCAAGCGCAGCUUCUCAGCACUCCUCUCAAAUGUCUUCAGACUCCUCCCGAUCUAGUAGCCCCAGUGUUGAUACCUCCACAGAUUCUCAGGCCUCUGAGGAGAUUCAGGUACUUCCUGAAGAGCGGAGCGAGACCCCUGAAGUUCAUACUCCACUGCCUAUUUCCCAGUCCCCGGAAAAGGAGAGUAAUGAUAGGAGAAGCAGAAGGUAUUCCGUGUCGGAGCGAAGUUUUGGAUCUAGAACAACUAAAAAAUUAUCAACUCUACCAAGUGCCCCCCAGCAGCAGACCUCCUCCUCUCCUCCUCCACCUCUGCUUACUCCACCCCCACCGCUGCAGUCUGCCUCCAGUAUCUCCGACCACACACCGUGGCUCAUGCCUCCAACAAUCCCCUUAGCAUCACCGUUUUUGCCUGCAUCUGCUGCUCCCAUGCAAGGGAAGCGAAAAUCUAUUUUGCGAGAACCGACGUUUAGGUGGACUUCUUUAAAACAUUCUAGGUCAGAGCCACAAUACUUUUCCUCAGCCAAGUAUGCCAAAGAAGGUCUUAUUCGCAAACCAAUAUUUGAUAACUUCCGACCCCCUCCACUAACUCCUGAGGACGUUGGCUUCGCGCCUGGCUUUUCUACAUCUGGUACUGCUGCUUCAGCCCGAUUGUUUUCACCACUCCAUUCUGGAACAAGGUUUGAUAUGCACAAAAGGAGCCCUCUUCUGAGAGCUCCAAGAUUUACUCCAAGUGAGGCUCACUCUAGAAUAUUUGAGUCUGUAACUUUGCCUAGUAAUCGAACUUCUGCUGGAACAUCUUCUUCAGGAGUAUCCAAUAGGAAAAGGAAACGAAAAGUGUUCAGUCCUAUUCGAUCUGAACCAAGAUCUCCUUCUCACUCCAUGAGGACAAGAAGUGGAAGGCUUAGUACUUCUGAGCUAUCACCUCUCACCUCCCCAUCUUCUGUCUCUUCCUCGUUAAGCAUUUCUGUUAAUCCUCUUGCCACUAGUGCCUUAAACCCAACUUUUACUCUUUCUUCUCAUUCCCUGACUCAGUCUGGGGAAUCUGCAGAGAAAAAUCAGAGACCAAGGAAGCAGACUAGUGCUCCAGCAGAGCCAUUUCCAUCAAGUAGCCCUACUCCUCUCUUCCCUUGGUUUACCCCAGGCUCGCAGACUGAAAGAGGGAGAAACAAAGAAAAGGCCCCUGAGGAGCUGUCCAAAGAUCGAGAUGCUGACAAGAGCGUGGAAAAGGACAAGAGUAGAGAGAGAGACCGGGAGAGAGAAAAAGAGAAUAAGCGGGAGUCAAGGAAAGAGAAAAGGAAAAAGGGAUCAGAAAUUCAGAGUAGUUCUGCUUUGUAUCCUGUGGGUAGGGUUUCCAAAGAGAAGGUUGUUGGUGAAGACGUUGCCACUUCAUCUUCUGCCAAAAAAGCGACAGGGCGGAAGAAGUCUUCAUCACUUGAUUCUGGGACUGAUAUUGCUUCUGUGACUCUUGGGGAUACAACAGCUGUCAAAACCAAAAUAAUUAUAAAGAAAGGGAGAGGAAAUCUGGAAAAAAACAACUUGGACCUCGGCCCAACUGCCCCAUCCCUGGAGAAGGAGAAAACCCUCUGCCUUUCCACUUCUUCAUCUAGCACUGUUAAACAUUCCACUUCCUCCAUAGGCUCCAUGUUGGCUCAGGCAGACAAGCUUCCAAUGACUGACAAGAGGGUUGCCAGCCUCCUAAAAAAGGCCAAGGCCCAGCUCUGCAAGAUUGAGAAGAGUAAGAGUCUUAAACAAACUGACCAGCCCAAAGCACAGGGUCAAGAAAGUGAUUCAUCAGAGACCUCUGUGAGGGGACCCCGGAUUAAACACGUCUGCAGAAGAGCUGCUGUUGCCCUUGGCCGAAAACGAGCUGUGUUUCCUGAUGACAUGCCCACCCUGAGUGCCUUACCAUGGGAAGAACGAGAAAAGAUUUUGUCUUCCAUGGGGAAUGAUGACAAGUCAUCUAUUGCUGGCUCAGAAGAGGCUGAACCUCUUGCUCCACCCAUCAAACCAGUUAAACCCGUCACUAGGAACAAGGCACCUCAGGAACCUCCAGUUAAGAAAGGACGGCGAUCACGGCGGUGUGGGCAGUGUCCUGGCUGCCAGGUGCCUGAGGACUGUGGUGUCUGUACUAAUUGCUUAGACAAGCCCAAGUUUGGUGGCCGCAAUAUAAAGAAGCAGUGCUGCAAGAUGAGAAAAUGUCAGAAUCUACAAUGGAUGCCUUCCAAAGCCUACCUUCAGAAGCAAGCUAAAGCUGUGAAAAAGAAAGAGAAAAAGUCUAAGGCCAGUGAAAAGAAAGAGAGUAAAGAGAGCAACGUUGCAAAGAACGUGGGGGACUCGAGCCAGAAACCUGCACCAUCAGCAAGAGAGGAAUCUGCCCCAAAGAAAAGCAGUAGCGAGCCUCCUCCACGGAAGCCCAUCGAGGAAAAGAGUGAAGAAGGCAGCUCCUCCGCCCCGGGGCCUGAGUCCAAGCAAGUCACCACACCAGCUUCCAGGAAGUCCAGCAAGCAGGUUGCCCAACCUGCUCCAGUCGUCCCUCCUCAGCCGCCUAGCACAGGGCCACCAAGAAAAGAAGUUCCCAAGACCACUCCUAGUGAGCCCAAGAAGAAGCAGCCUCCACCACCAGAAUCAGGUCCAGAACAAAGCAAGCAGAAAAAGGUGGCUCCCCGUCCAAGUAUCCCUGUAAAACAAAAACCAAAAGAAAAGGAAAAACCUCCUCCCAUGAGUAAGCAGGAGAGCGCCAGCACUUUGAACAUCCUCAGCGCUCUCUCUAAUGGCAAUAGUUCCAAGCAGAAAGUCCCAGCUGAUGGCGUCCACAGGAUCAGGGUGGACUUCAAGGAGGAUUGUGAAGCAGAAAACGUGUGGGAGAUGGGAGGCUUAGGAAUCUUGACCUCCGUUCCGAUAACGCCCAGGGUGGUUUGCUUUCUCUGUGCCAGCAGUGGCCAUGUGGAGUUUGUAUAUUGCCAAGUCUGUUGUGAGCCUUUCCACAAGUUUUGUUUGGAGGAGAAUGAGCGCCCUCUGGAGGACCAGCUGGAAAACUGGUGUUGUCGCCGCUGCAAGUUCUGUCACGUUUGUGGAAGGCAGCACCAGGCUACCAAGCAGCUGCUGGAGUGUAAUAAGUGCCGAAAUAGCUAUCACCCUGAGUGCCUGGGACCAAAUUACCCCACCAAACCCACGAAGAAAAAGAAAGUUUGGAUCUGUACCAAGUGUGUUCGCUGCAAGAGCUGUGGGUCCACGACACCAGGCAAAGGGUGGGAUGCACAGUGGUCUCACGAUUUCUCGCUGUGCCAUGACUGUGCCAAACUCUUCGCUAAAGGAAACUUCUGCCCACUCUGUGACAAGUGUUAUGAUGAUGACGACUAUGAGAGUAAAAUGAUGCAGUGUGGGAAGUGUGAUCGCUGGGUCCAUUCCAAAUGUGAGAAUCUUUCAGGUACAGAAGAUGAGAUGUACGAGAUUCUAUCUAACCUGCCGGAAAGUGUGGCCUACACUUGUGUAAACUGCACUGAGCGACAUCCUGCCGAGUGGAGACUGGCCCUUGAAAAGGAGCUACAGAUUUCUCUGAAGCAAGUUCUGACAGCCUUGUUGAAUUCCCGGACUACCAGCCAUUUGCUACGCUACCGGCAGGCUGCCAAACCUCCAGACUUAAAUCCUGAGACAGAGGAGAGUAUACCUUCCCGGAGCUCCCCGGAAGGACCCGAUCCCCCAGUGCUUACCGAGGUCAGCAAACAGGAUGAUCAGCAGCCUUUAGAUCUGGAAGGAGUGAAGAGGAAAAUGGACCAAGGGAACUAUACAUCUGUGUUGGAGUUCAGCGAUGAUAUUGUGAAGAUCAUCCAAGCAGCCAUUAAUUCAGACGGAGGGCAGCCGGAAGUUAAAAAAGCCAACAGCAUGGUCAAGUCCUUCUUCAUUCGGCAAAUGGAACGUGUUUUUCCAUGGUUCAGUGUCAAAAAGUCCAGGUUUUGGGAGCCAAAUAAAGUCUCAAGCAACAGUGGGAUGUUACCAAACGCAGUGCUUCCACCUUCACUUGACCAUAAUUAUGCUCAGUGGCAGGAGCGAGAGGAAAACAGCCACACUGAGCAGCCUCCUUUAAUGAAGAAAAUCAUUCCAGCUCCCAAACCCAAAGGGCCUGGAGAACCAGACUCACCAACGCCCCUGCAUCCUCCUACACCGCCAAUUUUGAGUACUGACAGGAGCCGAGAAGACAGUCCAGAGCUGAACCCACCCCCGGGCACAGAAGAUAACAGACAGUGUGCGUUAUGUUUGACGUAUGGUGACGACAGUGCGAAUGAUGCUGGUCGCUUGCUAUACAUUGGCCAGAAUGAGUGGACACACGUAAAUUGUGCUUUGUGGUCAGCGGAAGUGUUUGAAGAUGAUGAUGGAUCACUAAAGAAUGUGCAUAUGGCUGUGAUCAGGGGCAAGCAGCUGAGAUGUGAAUUCUGCCAGAAGCCGGGAGCCACAGUGGGCUGCUGCCUCACCUCCUGCACCAGCAACUACCACUUCAUGUGUUCCCGAGCCAAGAACUGCGUCUUUCUGGACGAUAAAAAAGUGUACUGCCAACGACAUCGGGAUCUGAUCAAAGGCGAGGUGGUUCCUGAGAAUGGAUUUGAAGUUUUUAGAAGAGUGUUUGUGGACUUUGAAGGAAUCAGCUUGAGGAGGAAGUUUCUCAACGGCUUAGAACCAGAAAACAUCCACAUGAUGAUUGGCUCUAUGACGAUUGACUGCUUGGGAAUCCUGAACGAUCUCUCUGACUGUGAAGAUAAGCUCUUUCCUAUUGGAUACCAGUGUUCCAGGGUGUACUGGAGUACCACAGAUGCUCGCAAGCGCUGUGUGUACACGUGCAAGAUUGUGGAGUGCCGCCCCCCCGUCGUAGAGCCGGACAUCAACAGCACUGUCGAACACGAUGAGAACAGGACCAUCGCCCACAGCCCAACGUCUUUUACAGAAAGUUCAGCUAAAGAGAAUCAAAACGCAGCUGAAAUUGUAAGUCCUCCAUCACCAGACCGACCUCAUUCACAAACUUCUGGCUCCUGUUAUUAUCAUGUCAUCUCAAAGGUCCCUAGGAUUCGAACACCCAGUUACUCUCCAACACAGAGAUCCCCUGGCUGUCGGCCAUUGCCUUCUGCAGGAAGUCCUACCCCGACCACUCAUGAAAUCGUCACGGUGGGUGACCCUUUACUCUCCUCUGGACUUCGAAGCAUCGGCUCCCGGCGUCACAGUACUUCUUCCUUGUCGCCCCAGCGGUCUAAACUCCGGAUCAUGUCUCCAAUGAGAACUGGGAAUACUUACUCCAGGAAUAGCGUUUCCUCUGUCUCCAUGACUGGGACCGCUUCUGAUCUUGAGUCAAGUGCCAAAGCAGUCGACCAUGCCUUAGGGUCGCUGAAUCCAAGUACUAAUUCAGGGCAGAGCACUCCCGCCUCUUCACAUUUGCAGAGGACAGCAGGUACUGGAGGUGCCAGAUCCAGCCACUUGGAUGGGUCAUCUUCAGAAACGAAGCAUUCCGGUGCUUCAGACAUGGCCCCCAAGAGCUCCUCUUUAAAAGGAGAAAAGACCAAAGUGCUAAGUCCCAAGAGUUCAGACGGAUCUGCACAUAACAUGGCUUACCCUGGGAUUCCUAAGCUGACCCCCCAGGUUCAUAACACAGCAUCUGGAGAGCUGAACGUCAGUAAAAUGGGCACUUUCACUGAGCCCUCUUCAGUGUCGUUUUCUUCUAAAGAGGUUCUCUCCUUCCCACAACUCCAUUUAAGAGGGCAGAGAAAUGAUCGAGACCAACAUAUGGAUCCUGCCCCCUCAGUAAACCCCUCUCCAGAUGAAGAUUCCGAAGUCAAAACCCUGAAGCUCUCUGGAGUGAGCAACAGAUCAUCCAUUGUCAAUGAACAUGUGGGAUCUAGCUCCAGAGACAGGAGACAGAAAGGGAAAAAAUCUUGUAAAGAGACUUUCAAAGAAAAGCAUUCCACUAAAUCUUUUUUGGAACCUGGUCAGGUGACAACUGGUGAUGAAGGAAACCUAAAGCCAGAGUUUGUUGAUGAGGUUUUGUCUCCUGAGUUUAUGGGGCAGCGACCGUGUAAUAAUGUUUCUUCUGAUAAGAUUGGGGAUAAAACUCUAUCUGUUCCAGGAGUCCCCAAAGCUGCAUCCAUGCAAGCAGAAGGAUCUACCAAGGAACAACAGGCACCCCGGAAACGCACAGUCAAAGUGACACUGACACCUCUAAAAAUGGAAAGUGAGAAUCAAUCCAAAAAUGCCCUAAAAGAAGGUAGUCCUGCUUCCCCUUCACAAAUAGAGGCGGCAUCGCCAACAGAACCCAUCUCAGCCUCUGAGAGCCCAGGAGACGAUCCAGUGGCUCAGCCAAGCCCCAACAACACCUCAUCCCAGGAUUCUCAAAGUAACAACUACCAGAAUCUUCCUGUGCAGGACAGAAACCUGAUGCUUCCAGAUGGCCCCAAACCUCAGGAGGAUGGCUCUUUUAAGAGGAGGUACCCCCGUCGCAGUGCCCGCGCACGCUCUAACAUGUUCUUUGGGCUCACGCCACUCUAUGGAGUGAGAUCCUAUGGUGAGGAAGACAUUCCAUUCUAUAGCAGUUCCACCGGGAAAAAGCGAGGCAAGAGGUCAGCCGAAGGACAGGUGGACGGGGCUGACGACUUGAGCACCUCAGACGAGGAUGACUUAUACUUUUACAAUUUUACUAGGACCGUGAUUUCUUCAGGGGGAGAGGAACGGCUAGCAUCCCAUAAUUUAUUUCGGGAGGAGGAACAAUGUGAUCUUCCCAAAAUUUCCCAAUUGGAUGGUAUUGAUGAUGGAACAGAGAGCGAUACCAGCGUCACAGCCACGACGAGGAAAAGCACCCAGAUUCCGAAAAGAAAUGGUAAAGAAAACGGGACAGAGAACUUGAAGAUCGAUCGGCCUGAAGAUGCUGGGGAAAAAGAACAUGUCAUUAAGAGUUCCGUCGGCCACAAAAAUGAGGCAAAGAUGGAUAACUGCCACUCCGUAAGCCGAGUUAAAACGCAGGGACAGGAUUCCUUGGAAGCUCAGCUCAGCUCUCUGGACUCGAGCCGCAGAGUCCACACAAGUACUCCUUCGGACAAAAAUUUGCUCGACACCUAUAAUACCGAGCUCCUGAAGUCGGAUUCAGACAAUAACAACAGCGAUGACUGUGGGAACAUCCUGCCUUCGGACAUCAUGGAUUUUGUGCUGAAGAAUACACCAUCCAUGCAGGCUUUGGGUGAGAGCCCAGAGUCCUCUUCAUCUGAACUCCUGAAUCUUGGUGAUGGUUUGGGUCUUGACAGUAAUCGUGAAAAAGACAUGGGUCUUUUUGAAGUGUUUUCUCAGCAGCUGCCGACAGCAGAACCUGUGGACAGCAGCGUGUCUUCCUCUAUCUCCGCAGAGGAGCAGUUCGAGUUGCCUCUAGAGCUGCCAUCUGAUCUCUCUGUCCUGACCACCCGGAGUCCCACUGUCCCUAGUCAGAAUCCCAGUAGACUAGCUGUCAUCUCAGACUCGGGGGAGAAGAGAGUGACCAUCACAGAAAAAUCUGUAGCCUCCUCUGAAGGUGACUCAGCACUGCUGAGUCCGGGAGUUGAUCCAACUCCUGAAGGCCACAUGACUCCUGAUCAUUUCAUCCAAGGACACAUGGAUGCAGAUCACAUCUCCAGCCCACCUUGUGGCUCAGUGGAGCAAGGUCAUGGCAACAAUCAGGAUUUAACUAGAAACAGUAGCACCCCUGGCCUUCAGGCACCCCUGUUACCACAGAGUGUGGGAGGAACUGCUGCCACGGCGGCGGGCACAUCAACAAUCAGCCAGGACACUAGUCACCUCACUUCCGGGCCUGUGUCUGGCCUGGCAUCCGGUUCCUCCGUCCUGAAUGUGGUGUCCAUGCAAACUACCACCACCCCUACAAGUACCACGUCUGUCCCCGGACACGUCACCUUAACCAACCCAAGGUUGCUCAGUACCCCAGAUAUCGGCUCAAUAAGCAAUCUGUUAAUCAAAGCUAGCCAACAGAACCUGGGGAUUCAGGACCAGCCCGUGGCUUUACCGCCCAGUCCAGGAAUGUUCCCACAACUGGGGACAUCACAGACUCCCUCUACUGCCACUAUGACAGCGGCAUCUAGCAUCUGUGUGCUCCCCUCCACUCAGACUACGAGCAUGGCAGCCACUUCACCGCCGGGGGACGCCGAAGAACACUAUCAGCUGCAGCACGUCAACCAGCUUCUUGCCAGCAAAACCGGGAUCCUCUCUUCCCAGCGGGAUCUUGACUCUGCUCCAGGGACCCAGGUCGCCACCUUCACCCAGACAGUAGAUGCUCCUAGUAGCAUGGGGCUAGAGCAGAACAAGGCUUUACCCUCAGCUAUGCAAGCCGGCUCAGCCUCUCCUGGGGGCUCCCCACCCUCCGGACAGCAGUCAGCCAGCCCCUCAGUGCCGGGCCCCACGAAACCCAAACCAAAAAUCAAACGGAUUCAACCUCUGGACAAAGGGAAUGGCAAGAAGCACAAAGUUUCCCACUUGCGGACCAGUCCUUCGGAAGCACACAUUCCAGACCAAGAAGCCAGCACAUCCCUGACCUCAGUCCCAGGGACUCCAGGAGGCGAGGCGGAGCAGCAGGACACAGCUAAUGUGGAGCAGACCUCACAAAAGGAGUGUGGGCAGCCGGCAGGGCAAGCGGCUGUUCUUCCAGAGAUUCAGGCAGCACAAAAUCCAGCAAAUGAACAAGAAAAUACAGAGCCUAAACCAGUGGAAGAAGAAGAAAGUAACUUCAGCUCUCCGCUGAUGCUUUGGCUCCAGCAAGAACAAAAGCGGAAGGAAAGCAUUGCUGAGAAAAAGCCCAAGAAAGGACUUGUGUUUGAGAUUUCAAGUGACGAUGGCUUUCAGAUCUGUGCAGAAAGCAUUGAAGAUGCCUGGAAGUCAUUGACAGACAAGGUCCAGGAGGCUCGGUCCAAUGCCCGUCUAAAACAGCUCUCGUUUGCAGGUGUUAACGGUUUGAGGAUGCUGGGGAUUCUCCACGAUGCAGUUGUGUUCCUGCUCGAGCAGCUGUCUGGUGCCAAGCACUGUCGGAAUUACAAAUUCCGUUUCCACAAGCCAGAGGAAGCCAAUGAACCCCCCUUGAACCCUCAUGGCUCGGCCAGAGCUGAAGUCCACCUGAGGAAGUCAGCAUUUGACAUGUUUAACUUCCUGGCUUCUAAACACCGACAGCCUCCCGAAUACAACCCUAAUGAUGAGGAAGAGGAGGAAGUGCAGCUGAAGUCAGCUCGGAGGGCCACGAGCAUGGAUCUGCCAAUGCCCAUGCGGUUCCGGCAUUUAAAGAAGACGUCUAAGGAGGCGGUUGGUGUCUACAGGUCUCCCAUCCAUGGCCGAGGUCUUUUCUGUAAGAGAAACAUCGACGCGGGCGAGAUGGUGAUUGAGUAUGCCGGCAAUGUCAUCCGUUCCAUUCAGACUGACAAGCGAGAGAAGUACUACGACAGCAAGGGCAUUGGUUGCUACAUGUUCCGAAUCGAUGACUCAGAGGUAGUGGAUGCCACCAUGCAUGGAAAUGCUGCACGCUUCAUCAAUCACUCCUGUGAGCCUAACUGCUACUCUCGGGUCAUCAAUAUCGACGGCCAGAAGCACAUUGUCAUCUUUGCCAUGCGUAAGAUCUACCGAGGCGAGGAACUCACCUAUGACUAUAAGUUCCCCAUUGAGGAUGCCAGCAACAAGCUGCCCUGCAACUGUGGCGCCAAGAAAUGCCGGAAGUUCCUGAACUAAAGCUGCUCUUCCCCCAGUGUUGGAGUCCUAGACCCAGGCCAUCCAGAGCCAUGUCGAAGGCCUUUUCCAGCAGCGGGGAGCUCCAGGGUGGAGUGGGCACGGUGGAGGGCCUCUGCGACGGCCGACACCCCUCCGUCCCAUAUUCAGGUUGUACUUGUGAUCGCAGUCCUGGAAAGAGACGAGGUCUCGAAGGAAGCAUCCACGACCGGCUUUCUCCUGGGGCCCUCUGCUCCUUCACCGUUAAAAAGUGGGAGGUGGGGUCCCUAGCAGACUUGCCUGGAACAAGCCUCUAGAGGGCUGGUUCCUUUGGGAGAUCCCGCCUGAGGGUCUCCUCAGAGAGAAGUUGCCAUCCUCGCCCUGGCCCUUUCCCAAGCACUCUAAGUGAGGGGUCAGGCAGGGCCCCGGAAUACGCGGGUUGGAUACCUGAUAGUUUGCCGGCCAGGCCCGCCUCUGGCUGUCUGUUGAGCAAACAGGUCUGGUGGCUGUCCCUGCUAUCCUCCCGCUUAGAGUUCACUUCUGGUUGGGAGCAGGAUCCUAGCAUCUCUGGUGUCAAAAGGCUGUCUUGGGGUUGUGCCAAUUUUUACCAAACAUUGAGCCUGUGGGCUGUCAGUGGGAGUAUUAUCCCCAGAGCCUUAUCAGCCAGUUACCUUUCUUGACAGUAGGAGCGGCUUCCCUCUCCCAUUCCUUCUCUGCACUCCACUCUUCCACUCCCCUGCCCUUCAUCACACUCUGUCCUGUUCUUUCUGAGUGGUCAGGGAGAGUCACUCCCUGCUCAAGGAUACCCACUGCUGGGCGUAGGAUGUGCCCACAGCAAGUCCCUGAACCCGUCCCUUGAGCAUGCCAUGUGGGAAAGUGGACAGGGCCGUCGGCCAUAACCAGGCAGGAUUCUCAGAAGUCUUCACAAAGCCCCACUGAGAGUUUUAAAGAAAUCUAUGUAGCAUGGGUUUUUUAGAAGAGGAAAAAGAUUAUUUAAAUAGAAUUUAAAUCAUGCAACAACCAGAAUAUCACAGCCAGGACGACCCCCGGGCCCCGUUCCCAGGACAUGGUUACUUUAUUUUCCCCUCAUUAAGACAUAGGAAGGCUUAAUUUUAAAAUGGUCGGUGUCCAGUUGAAGGCAGAACACUAAUCAGAUUUCAAGGCCCAAAACUUGGGGACUAGACCACCCCGUGUCAAGAGAACUCCGCCCCCUGUGCAGUCCAUGGUCAAGUCAGUUGAACGACACUACUGCCCCAGUGACUCCUUGGGACAUGGUCAGAACAGCAUCAAAUGUUUCUUCUCUUCCUCCCCCCAGACAGUGUCCUGAACCUGUUAAAUUAAGUCAUUGGCUUUUACUCUGUUCUGUUUACAGUUUACUAUUUAAGGUUUUAUAAAUGUAAAUAUAUUUUGUA